AUACACUAUUAUUUCAUACACAUUUAUUCUACGUGUCAUGAUUGGAUAAAAAAACAUUUCGUCAUUGUACAUAAUAUGACUGUCAAUGUAUUUAUCAUUUAUGACCCAAGGUCCUCGGAGUAAAGUUGUGUUAACAGUGAAUUAGAAUAUUGUCACUAUGCCGGUAAAACUAUAUAAAAUGAAAUUGAGUCCUCCAGCCUGCGCUGCUAUGAUGAUUUGCGAAAUUCAUAAUGUCCCUGUUGAGAUGAUUGAUGUUGAUCUUAUAAAACGUGAGAACUACACACCGGAAUUUUUAAAGAAAAAUCCGAUGCAUACCGUUCCUGUGUUAGAGGAUGGAAACCUUAUCUUACAUGAUAGUAACGCUAUUCUUACAUACAUUAAUGAAAUGUAUGGCAAAGAUGACUCUUUGUAUCCAAAAGAUUUAAAGCAGAGAGCAUUAGUAGAUCAGAAAUUGUUUUUUAACACCCUUUUAUUCACAAGAUUGCGUAACGUUACGUACGCAGCAAUAAUCGAAGGAGUACGAAAGCCAUCUGAAAAAAUGCUGAAAGAAAUUGAAGAAGCAUAUGGUUUUCUUGAGGCAUUUCUCAACAACUCAAAAUUUGUCGCCGGUGAUAGGAUGACUCUUGCAGAUAUAGCCAUUGUUGCCACUGUAUCAGGCCUGCGGCAUAUAAUUGCCAUUGAUCCAAAACAGUUUCCCAAAUUAAAUAAUUGGUUUAUGGACAUGGAGAAACAACCAUUCUUUCAGAAAUGCACGGUUCCUGGUUCAAAGAUUUUGAAAGACCUCUUAAAAGAAAAGCUUGAUUUGAUGUAAUAUCUUAUAAAAUAUCAAUAAUUGUUCACAUGACGAUGUUUUACCUUUUCAAUUAAAGAAAAAAUCUUA